AUGUUGCGUUUGAUCCAAAAGAAACGUUACUCGGUCGGCUACAACCAACCAGCCAGUCACACAGAGCCAGAGACCGAAGAAACCUUCAACAGUGACGAUGACGACGAAGAGCCAGAACAAAAGAAACUCAACGAGAGAAACAACAAACUGAAAUCACACAGCAGAGAGAAGAACAUGAGUAGCACCUCUACUAAUGCAUCCGACUCUGAUUCCGAAUCCGACUCUGAACGUGUCGAUUACUUUAUUGAAGGAUCGCUUGGUAGUUAA